GCGUGAACAAUGACGUCAACAUCCAUUAACGAUUCCAGUCGGAUACUGCGCGUGGGCAUCAUCGGCUGCGGAGAAGUGUCACAAGUCAUCCACAUUCCCAACCUAAACGCACUUUCGGACUGGUUUCAAACAACGUAUCUUUGCGAUGUAUCUCAGCAAGCACUAGCUCAUUGCGCAACAAAAGUACUGGGCUCUUCAAAGCCAAAAACAACAACCAAUGCAGAAGAGCUGUGUGCUUCGAAUGAUGUUGAUGUCGUGCUUGUCGCGAGCGCUGAUGCCUAUCAUCUUCCUCAUGCGCUCUUUGCGCUGAAGUAUAACAAAUACUGCUUGCUCGAGAAGCCAGCAGCCCUUUGCUUCCGCGAUAUCGACCUGCUCAUCCUUGCAGAGAAAGAGUCCAAAGGCAAAAUUUUCGUUGGCACAAUGAGGCGACACGCGGCGGCUCUCGAGGAUGCGAUCAAAGAGGUCGGCAGCAUGGCAGAGAUAAAGUAUGCACGAGUAAGAGAUAUCAUUGGACCAAAUGCGACAUUUGUCGGGCAGUCGGGCAUGUUCCCCAAACAGUUCAACGACUUCAGCGAGGCAGCCACACAAGACCGACUGGUACGCGAAUCCCGCAUGUGCCAGCAGGCGUUACACGAAGAGUUUGGUGUACCAGUCACCCCGGAAUCGAGAGACAUGCUGCGAAUGUUGGGAGGGCUGGGAACGCACGACUUGUCGGCGUUGCGAGAAGUGCUCGGCAUGCCUCAAUCAGUUGCAGGAGCCGUGCUUACUCACCCGGGCAUCUUCAACGUGCUUUUCAAGUAUAAAGACUUCCCGGUGUCGUACGAGUCGGGCGUGAUCGACGUGCCAGAAUUCGACGCACACAUUGAGGUCUACUCCAUGAACAAGAUUGUACGCAUCCAGUAUGAUACGCCGUACGUGCGUGGCCUGCCUAUCACGAUGACGGUCAAGCAACGAGUCAGGGAAGGAUUUCAAGAAACCAAGGUGCGCAAGACUUAUAUGGACCCAUACACGCUAGAGAUGCUGGCCUUUCAUGACUGUGUGAUCAACAGCAAGGCCCCUAAGACAAGUAUCGAAGAUGCAAGGCAGGACAUUGAGCUGUUCAAGAUGAUCCUGCAAGCAGACUCCGCGCGCUACCAAUAAUCAAAGACCAGACACAAAUGCGAAUACUAUACUUCGGGCCGCUCCACUCCCGUCUCACGUCAGCCUCUACACCACACACGCCAAUUGGAAGCAGAUCAGGCAAGCAUGGCGCCAUCACUUUAGAUUGAAGCUUGAUUCUGGUCAUGCACUUUCCGAAUAUAGUAUUCAAUUGCUGAUGGUUAUUGGCCGAUCUUAAUCCCUUGUACUAUGGUAAUGACUGUCAUUGGUUCAAACGGCUCUCUCCUGAAUAUCCUCGUGUCUGACUACUUUCCCUUGAGCGAUUGACUUAGCAGUAGUCGCCGAUGUUGUAGCUCGAGUACACAUGGCUGGUCCUGCAAGAA